AUGCCGCGGCACUCACUUCUCGCCGCCUAUUUGGAAUUUCUCUUUGGUCUCUUGACGGGAGUAAAAUGGAUGUGCACUCUGACGCGGUCUGGUCUAAGCGAGUCGGUCACCGAAUCCCUGGAGAUUUGGAUCAAUCAGGCAGUCGAACUAAUCCAGGGUGGUCUGUUCGUCACCGUGAGCUGUGUUCUGGUCACCGUUGCGACUGCGGUGAAACCGGAUCAAUGGUUAUUACCCACCUCGACAUCUGUGCUCACUAAUCGGGAUCACUGGUUUCUUCUAUUGGCUGAGCACAGUUUUGUGCUCCUCGCGGACCUGCUGACCACACACACCUCGGAACCGGAGAUGAGACAGGCGUGCACAAUUCUGAACACAUCGUUGACCAGCCAGUCAGAUAGCACCCAUCAGACCCUGUCGACUGCACACACACCGCACGUGAUCGCCGCCUUACAGGCAAUGGCACUGCGCCUUCUAUUGGAUAGUCCACGUGCACUUCAAGGACUGUUGGCUUUCUCCUCGGUUCCGUUGCAUUCAUUACUGUCCCAAUUCAAAGCCUUAGAUCAAGGUUUAUCGGUCGGAAUCCCUUCAACCACAACUGUUGGCUUAUUGCCCAGACUGAAUCGCACUCACCCUCUCGCCACCGUGGUCUGGUUUGGGCUGACCCUGGUCCAUCGUGUGCUCAGUUUGGAGCAUGCCAUGUUUGAACAACGUGAACAGACAGCCCUGUCGACCGCACCGUCACCACCGCGUGCUUCUCUUCUGUCCAGUUUGACGGCCUAUGUGGAUGCGGCCACGCGGGAACAUUAUGUGGCUGUCCUGUUCACCUACUUGCGCUAUCCGUAUCACAUGGGUCUGUCUCGGAGUGCGGUCACUCUGGUGAAGUGGCUCACGCAGCACACUGCGAUAAACAUUAUGGACUAUCUAUCCCCGGACUCGAUCACCGUCAUUCGUGAUUGUGUGCUCGAUCGUCUGGCCUCGACUUCUCCGUCCGCAACAAUGCCCGUCGAUCCACUCACUCGAAUCGCCCUGUUCGACCUAAUUGCUGAAACGACCGCGCACGAAUCCACGAUACCAGAUCAGCUUUCGUUGCUCCUAUUAAACAGUGUGACUAAACUGAUUGCCGCGCUCUAUUUGCAAGAAGCUACCACAUACGUGACUAUACUGAAAUCCAAGCCAAACUUUUGGAACCUGCUUACCGAGCCCAUGUUUUUGUUGCUCAGUGCGGAUGUCAAAACUCAACGGGAAUUCACUCAGGUCGAGCAUGAAUAUUGCGGACAUGUGGCCAGUAUUUUGGGAUUGGAACUUUUCUGUUCACAAAGUUUGUCCGGGUUAAUAAAACCGGAUGAUCCAGUUCAAUCGGUUGUGAAUCGGCUAUCCCGUGACAACGCCUAUACAUCCUGGUUCCGGUUGGUUGCAAACACCGGAGAGUAUUUACAAUCUUCCGGAGAUCACGACUCGGAUAGUGCAUUAUCCGAUUGCCACGGUCCAAUACUCGCCUCAUUGUACGAGGCCACUUGUCGUUGGAAAUGUUUGCUCAUGGUUCAUGUGGAUUGGAUCAGACAAUUGGAGACACGUGGCACUGAUGCAUCGGGCACGAAUACGGUGGUCGUUGUGCCUCUGCAGACCGAGACGUUGAUUGAUCAGCUGAUUCGAGGCUUGCAUCAGCUGAAACCGUUUCUCGAAAUUCAAAGCGCUUCGGAUCUGACCAACCAACUUGCUGUGUGUUUGAGCAUCACAGUGAAUCAAUUUCUAUCCACUACCGCUGCGAAGCCUGGUGCCGACCAGAAAAACUUAACACAACAACUUACCCAACUGGUUGAUUUUCUCAUCACCGUCCGUCCCGGUCUGGACGAACAGGCCCGACAUCUACAUGCAGAUCUACUCGCGUGUGCUACAAUGCUCUGGCAUAAACUUCACGGGAGCUCGCACCCGCCUGACUCCAAUACUGGUACCUGCCAGUCUAACGAUACACUUGGUCAGCUCCGGAUCGAUCUGACUGACUGUGCGUUCGGUUAUGUGGCUCAGUUGGCUAUCUAUCCGAAUUUGUCCUUAGCAGAUGAGGCGGCUUUUCGGCAGGCUAUCAGUUUGAUGCUCAAAUUGUGGGAUACCACAUCACAAUCGUCAGACUUGUGCACUCGUUUGGUUCAAGCUGGUGUGUUCAAUAACUUGUUGGUCACUCUUGAGCAACAAUCCCAGUCCCGAACCGGUGCUGCCCUCGGUCAUGACAUUCUCAUCCUGGUCAUGCGAGUGUUACUGGCCGAUACCUGUUCGUCGGGACCGAGUGGACGCGUGUCCCUCAUUGAACCCGCGGAUACGGAGAUUGUUGUUGAAAUGACAGUUGGCCCGAGUGAAUGCACUACUGUACGUAGCGAGACAAGUGAUGCGGAGAAAUCGUUUGGUUUUGAACUCAUUCUUUCCGGUGCACAAACAGUUGGUUCUUAUCGUGAUCUACUGGUUCGUGCUUUUACUUGGCCCGCGACUGAUACACUACUCCAAUGGAUUCACGAAGAUGAGAUGGCAGUGAGUGUGUGUGUGUGUAUGCUUGGGGGGAUUUGUUUGCAUUCUCACUGUUACUUACCGUGGUUAACCGCGAAAUACAUAUGGGACACUAUCGGUUGUGCCGGACAUCAGUGUACCGUGGCUAUUCAGUUAAACUUUGUGAAAAAGCUCAUAUCUACUGUUCUUCAAAAAGAAACCCUUAUCUUAACGUGCAUGUCAAUCUUGCUUACCUUGGUUAUCUGUUUUAGUCAAGUUGAUAACCUGAUGCAAACCACUGAUCUGUGUUUGAGGAACAGGUGA